AUGGGUAACUCAACAGGAAGCACCGUGGACGACCUGCAGGCGGUGGAGAUGCACCUGUGGUACAAGAAGUUCAUGACCGAGUGCCCCUCGGGUCAGCUCACCCUGCACGAGUUCAAGCAGUUCUUCGGGCUGCGCGGGUUGGACCCGGAGGCCAACGCCUACAUAGAGCAGAUGUUCCGCACGUUUGACAUGAACAAGGACGGCUACAUAGACUUCAUGGAGUACGUGGCGGCCCUCAGCCUGGUGAUGCGCGGAAAGAUGGAGCACAAGCUGCGCUGGUAUUUCAAACUUUACGACGUGGACGGCAACGGCUGCAUCGACCGACACGAGCUCCUCAACAUCAUAAAGGCCAUCCGCGCAAUCAAUGGGAAUGAAAGUCAGGAAACAUCCGCUGAGGAUUUCACGAACCGCGUGUUUGACAAGAUUGAUAUAAACGGAGACGGCGAGCUUUCGUUGGAUGAGUUUGUGGCCGGCGCGCGCAGUGAUGAAGAUUUUAUGGAGGUGAUGAUAAAAAGUCUGGACCUCACUCACAUUGUGACGAUGAUCGACAACCGGAGGCACAGCGUUUAG